GAUCUCUUUUCAAUCAAUGCUUAUGUUUAUGCUCAGAAGCCACAGCUGGAUAUUCACAGUUUUGAGGGUACCUUCACACGGGAAGACAGUGAUCCAGCAGUUCAUGAAAGCCUAAGCAUAGAAAAUACAUUAUGGGCAAGCACUGUUGUUGCUUCAGGAACUGUAAUUGGUGUUGUCAUUUACACAGGCAAAGAAACUCGAAGUGUAAUGAACACAUCCAAUCCUAAAAAUAAGGUUGGCCUGCUGGACCUGGAGUUGAAUCAACUGACCAAAGCCUUGUUUUUGGCAUUAGUUGCACUAUCGGUUGUUAUGGUAACCUUGCAAGGAUUUGUAGGCCCGUGGUAUCGCAACCUUUUCCGAUUCCUCCUCCUGUUUUCCUAUAUCAUCCCGAUCAGUUUACGUGUGAACUUGGACAUGGGUAAGGCAGCCUAUGGGUGGAUGAUUAUGAAAGAUGACAAUAUUCCUGGAACGGUUGUUCGAACUAGCACCAUACCAGAAGAGUUGGGACGAUUAGUUUAUUUGCUAACGGAUAAAACAGGAACACUUACACAGAAUGAGAUGAUAUUUAAGCGCCUCCAUCUAGGUACUGUGUCCUAUGGAACAGACACAAUGGAUGAAAUACAGAGUCAUAUUAUAAACUCUUAUUCACAGGUGCACUCUCAGAAUAGUGGAAACAGUACGAGUUCAACACCAUCUAGGAAACCUCAGUCGUCUGCACCCAAAGUCCGCAAGAGUGUCAGCAGUCGGAUACACGAAGCAGUGAAGGCCAUCGCGCUGUGCCACAAUGUGACCCCAGUAUAUGAAUCCCGGGCUGGUGUGUCUGGAGAAACAGAAUAUGCAGAGGUGGAUCAGGACUUCAGCGAUGAAAAUCGAACUUACCAGGCUUCCAGCCCUGAUGAGGUAGCUCUGGUGCAGUGGACAGAGAGUGUUGGUCUCACUCUCGUUAACAGGGAUUUGACCUCAAUGCAGCUGAAGACCCCGGGUGGACACAUUCUGACGUACUAUAUUCUGCAGAUCUUUCCCUUCACUUCUGAGAGCAAGCGCAUGGGGAUCAUAGUUAGGGAUGAAUCUUCAGGAGAAAUUACAUUUUACAUGAAGGGUGCAGAUGUUGCAAUGUCCACUAUUGUACAGUACAAUGAUUGGUUAGAAGAAGAGUGUGGUAAUAUGGCACGAGAAGGACUGCGAACGCUGGUUGUUGCCAAAAAAUCACUGACUGAAGAACAGUAUCAGGAUUUUGAGAGUCGAUAUAACCAAGCAAAGUUGAGCAUACAUGAUAGAAACCUGAAGGUUGCUGCUGUUGUAGAGAGUUUGGAGCGAGAAAUGGAAUUGCUGUGUCUCACUGGCGUAGAAGAUCAGCUGCAAGCAGAUGUUAGACCAACUCUAGAGAUGCUAAGAAAUGCUGGAAUAAAGAUAUGGAUGUUAACAGGAGAUAAACUGGAGACAGCAACUUGCAUUGCGAAAAGUUCUCAUUUAGUGUCUAGGACUCAAGAUAUUCACGUUUUCAGACCU